AUGAGUGACAAAACUUUUGCCGAGGAAAUAGAGAAAGCUCUGGAAAAGUCCAAAGGCCUUAGCAUCCAUGAGCUUCUCUUUACCUACCAAGGAAGGCUCUACCCGUCUUCUGUCUGCAGUGCAGAAACAUUCCAAGCUCUGGAGAACUUCGAAGCCAGAAAAGAUGACGUGGUGUUGGUGUCUUAUCCCAAAUGUGGUAUUAAUUGGCUCAUUCUGAUUGUGAAUGAUCUGAUCUCUACCACUUUGAAAACCAAGCACGAGAACACAGAGCUACCUUUCAUUGAGUGCGGGGAUCCAGAAAAGUAUCAGAGGAUGAUACAGUUCCCAUCUCCCAGGAUUGUGGCUACACACCUCCAUUACAACCUUCUUCCCAAGUCCAUCUUCAAAAAUAAAGCCAAGGUACUGCUGCUAUUUCGAAAUCCUAAAGAUACGGCUGUAUCAUUUUUCCAUUUUCACAACAAUGCUCCAAGCAUUCCCAGUUAUAACUCCUGGGAGGAAUUUUUCUCACUUUUUAUGAAUGGGCAAGUUGCCUGGGGAUGCUAUUUUGACCAUGCAGCUGUGUGGAACAAACAUAUAGAUGAUGAAAAUGUUCUGGUUCUGACAUAUGAACAAUUAAAAGAGGACCUGGUUGCUGGAGUGAAGCAAAUAGCUGAAUUCUUUGGUUUUACUGCUACUGCGGAGCAAAUUCAGGAUAUUGCAAACAGGACUGCCUUCCAAGCAGUGAGGGACAAAUCACAAGAGACACAUGGAGCGGUUGGCCCACUGCUCUUCCGGAAAGGUGUGGUUGGUGACUGGAAGAACACUUUUGAUGAAGCUCAGAGCCAGAAAGUGGAUACUAAAAUAAAGGAGUGUUUUGAAGGAACGAAGCUGGGAGCAAAGCUGAAGUACGAUGUGUACUGCAAAACCUGA